AUGUCGAAGCUUACACGAACCACUUUGACGACGAGACCUCUUACCGCUGCUGCGAGUAAGUCGCUAUCCGCUCCUCGUCGCCCUGCUGCCCCUGCUUCAGCAGUCAAGGCUUCGACAAUACAAUCACGUCGACUUGCAACCCAAGCUACAAUCUCCCCUGCCAGCGCAGUAGCUCGUCCAUCUCGUCUGAUCUUCGCAGCCACACCUUCCUCAAGUCGCAAGCUGGCCACUUCAACCGCCCUCCCGAAUACAUCUCACCACAUUGACUCAGACAUUGUCAUUGUCGGCGGUGGGGUCGUCGGUCUCGGUCUAGCUUGCGAUCUCGUCGCCUCCAAAUCCUUCAACCCCUCCUCAACCCCCAAUUUCAACCCCAUCACUCUCAUCGAAGCAUCCGACCUUUCAAGCCUACGCACUUGGGCAGACGAUCGAGCAAAAUACCUUUCCUCCCAGCAAGCAUCUUCCUCCUCCUCCUUCUCAUCCUCCUCUGCACCACCUUUGUCCGACAACUUGGACUGGGAGAACCGAGUAAUCUCCCUCACAUCUGAAAACCUCAACUGGCUCAAACGCCUCGGUGUCUACCCUUAUCUCGUCGAACAUCGGCUGCGAUCGAUCAACUCUAUGCGUGUUUGGGAUGGUCUUUCAGGCGCUCUACUCGAUUUUGAUUCUUCCGACUUUUCCUCUUCCUCUUGCUCUUCCUCCAGCCCUAGCUCCACUUCUCAGAUCAGCGUGAUGGUCGAGAUUUCCAACCUCCAACAAGCUAUGCUGCAAUUCCUCGAACAGGGGCCCGGCAAGAACAUCUGCUCUAUCAAACAUGGUGCCAAAGUGGACUCUAUCCUUCCCGGCUCCAAGAUCCAAGCAGACAGCGAAGCGGUGGAGCAAGAUCCAUGGCCACUCGUGCAGUUGAGUACUGGAGAUGCUGUUCAGGCAAGGUUGUGCGUUGGUGCAGAUGGACCUAAUUCGCCCGUUCGAAAGUAUGCUGGCAUUGGUGAUUAUGGUUGGCCUUAUAACAGCAAGGGCUUCGUCGGUACUCUCAGGUGUAAGGGGCUAGAGAGUGGCGAGCCGAUGGUGGGAAAUACGGCAUAUCAGAGGUUCUUGCCCAGUGGAACGAUCGCCUUUUUGCCAUUGAGCCAUUCAAGCGGAUCGAUGGUUUGGACAUUAGAACCGCAAGUAGCCACUGCCUUGACCCAGUUGCAUCGUGAUACCGCCGGCUCUGUAGAUGAGCCUCUAGCGAGGUUGGUCGAUGCAGCUUUCCGUUUACCCUGGUCUCACAUCGAAAGGCUCUUCGAAAGAGUAAAGGCUUACACUCGAUACCCGUUGGCCGAAGGUCAAAAACGCGAUUGGAGCUGGCUCAAUUCCGAGAUCCCAACCGAAGCUCAGUGGGCAGAGCAGAGCCUCGGUCUUCUUUUACCAGAAAGUGGAACAGGUCAAGUACCGCCCAAGAUCGGGAGCAUUGAUGUUAAGAGUGUUGCCAGUUUCCCUUUGAACCUCAAACAUGCGGAUGCGUAUUUGGGGGCUUCGUUGAACAGCUCCUCCUUGUUGCCCUCUGGAUUUUUGGUUGGAGCGAUGGCAGCUCUUGGCCUAGCGCCCCAGGGUGCAGGGCAGGGGUCAGGGAGGGCAAGGACGGUGUUGGUGGGCGAUGCGGCUCAUACGAUCCAUCCUUUGGCUGGGCAGGGGUCAGGGAGGGCAAGGACGGUGUUGGUGGGCGAUGCGGCUCAUACGAUCCAUCCUUUGGCUGGGCAGGGGUUGAAUUUGGGUCUUGCGGAUGUAAGAGCGCUUUCACAGACGUUGAGCAAGGCCUUGGAUGCAGGAGCAGAUGUGGGCAGUUACAAUGCCUUGAAGGGGUACGCGAGGCAAAGGUAUUGGGAGAACCAAAAGAUGAUUUCUGCCGUCGAUCACUUGCAUUGGCUCUAUGCCGCUACACCGGUGCCACUCAGUCAGCAGGCUGAUGGUGGGAUGGCGCAGAGAGAAAGGGAUGGCUUGGUGAAAACCGCAGCGAAAGAGGCAAUGGGUAGAGGAGUCGUUUGGGCUAGGAGUACCGCGUUGGAAGUGAUCAAUGAGUUAGGGUUUGUUAAGAACGCAUUUAUGCGUCAAGCUGGUUCCACGGCUACCUCUGCUUCUAGUGCGCCAUGGCCAACUUGGAGAAGAACUUAUUCGACUUGCACCCGAAGAACGACUUUACCCAAGUUCUCAUUGGGCCAACAAGUGCGAAUGCACUCGUCGCACCCAUCUGGUCCUCUUGCUUCCGAUGCAUACACCUCUCCAGCGAAGCAAGAGAGUGCAGCAACAACCUCGACUCCCUCUCUCGCCUCCCUGACCCCAUCCCAACGCCGUGCAUUAGUCGACAUGCUCCGCGUUGACCACUCAGGCGAAAUCGCAGCAAACACCAUCUACCAAGGUCAAGCAGACAUCUUCGGUGCACUCGGUGACACCAAAAACAGGGAGAUGGCAAAGGAAAUGUGGGAAACGGAAAAGAAACAUCUCCAAGUCAUGCGUGCACUUCUGCGUCAACACAAUGUCCGUCCGUCGCUUCUUCUACCCCUCUGGUCAGCAGCCGGCAGGGCGCUGGGUGGUCUUACCGCGCUAUUGGGACCCAGAAGUGCCAUGGCCUGUACAGAAGCAGUCGAGAGCGUUAUUGGAGAACACUACGACGACCAAUUAAAUGAGCUCAAGACAAUCUUGGAGAAAGAACAAGUACAUGAUUCCUUACCCUUGCUGAGUGGCAUCAUCAAGGAGUUUAGAGAUGAUGAAUUGCAACAUUUGGAUACUGCCGUCCAGAACGAAAGUCAGCAAGCCGCUGGUCAUGCUCUUUUAAGUGCCCUCAUCGCAGUUGGUUGUAGAGGUGCCAUUUGGGUCGCCAGUCGUGUAUAA